AUGGAACUGCAGGAGAUGUUUCGUUACGGAUACAUGUUCCCGCCGCGGGAGGACGAGCUCGCGAGUUGCGUGUACCUGGACCUGCCGAACUACGCGAAGGACAAGGCCGGGCUGCCGCCGGUCAGCACCCUCGCGGUGCCGCAGUGCCUCGUCUACGACAGCAACUGCAGCGACGGCUGGCACACGCCUAGCCCCUCCGCCAGUCUGCGCUCCGUCAGCCCGGCCACGACGUUGUCGAUCUCCUCGGAGCCGGAGACGAUCAACGCCUCGGCGGCGACGUAUCGACUCCUCGGCCCGGACAAGAGGAGCAAGAGGGCCGUCUCGACGACGCCCGGCGUCGGGAACAAGCGGCCGCGCGUCGACGACCUGCCCGAGGAGAUGCUCCACUUGGACGGCGAGGUCGCGGACGCCGACGGCGAGAAAACGCAGUCCUGCCGCGGCAGCGUCAUCAGCAGCGGCCUCUCCGACCGGACGAUGGACGGAGACAGCGAGGAGGACGCGGAGAUCAGCGACGGAGCGGACCAGCCGGAGGCCGGCGACGGCCCGGGUUCUGGAGCGCGCGACACCCGCCGGAGAGGCAAGUACGUCAACUCCACCAUCGUCAGGAAGCGCCGGCUGGCCGCCAACGCCAGGGAGAGGAGGCGGAUGCAGAACCUGAACAAGGCGUUCGACAGGCUGCGCGCUUACUUGCCGUCUUUGGGCAACGACAGACAGUUGUCGAAAUAUGAGACCCUGCAGAUGGCUCAAUCCUACAUUACCGCGCUUUACGACCUGCUGCAGUGA